AAUUACAUCGAUCUCGAUUGUGCAGCUUUCUCUUUGUACUUUGAAAUCGGUAAAUUAAUCUCGAAGCCCCGAGGCACUUGCGUAGGUAGGUAUUUAUAUAUACGCUAUUGAUACACGGUGGAUAAACUAUUUCUGGUUCCAAUACGCUCUACUUUCAGUGGAAAGAAAUGUACAGCGAGCGCGAUGUGCGCAGCAACAUGAGGGAGAGACCGGAAAGCUCUAGUGGUGUAGUGAUAAUAAAGAAGAGCCGACCAGCCGACAUGAAUGCGAGCGCACUCGUGUUUAUCCCACUCUCUCACACCUGGCGAUCAGAUUUCUCUGUAAUAGAAGAAACAUAGCAUCUCGCUUGCGCGAGUUAAAUGUCAUGGCUCGGCCGCUUGAUUUUACGAAAGGACCUAGAAGAGAAUCAAUGGAUCGUGGGUCUUCUGGUAAACGCGGACGUAGCCGACACACCAUUUAACGCGCUCGCUGCUACAUUCAUGCACACAGCGUUCAUACACGCACGCUUGGCUCUUUGUUUACUCUGUGCGGUGACGUAUGUGUGCAUGCACACGUAUAUAUGAGACAGCGCACUGCGAGAGAACGCGACGAGCGAGAGCGGUUCGAUGCAAUCGAAUGCCCAGCCGCAGUCAGUGGCGAACAGUGCCGAGUCGAGUGCGUUGACCCGUGUAGAACGGGAAGAACGAUGGCCGUUAACCGUGACUGAAUGUGAUCCAUUGUUUACGUCGGCACGCAUCUACGGGGCUAUGCAUGUCCCUCGCGAGUGAAUCGUCGUCGUCCUCGUCUUCGCGAUAACGACAACCGCGGAUGAACAUGUCGUCAUCGUCGCCGUCAUCGCUGUCGAAAGCUGCGGCAGCGGGAAGCGCUCCCGCGAACAAAGGCGAGCAGCAGGAGUUCCCCUUGGCCUUGGACAAAGAUGCCAGCGAGCACAGCAUCUCCAGCAUAAUCUCGUGCGUGUCCGUUUCGCCAAAGCACGCGGAGAACAGUCUGCGCGUCAUGGAGAGUUAUCUGCACAAGCAACAGCUGACGGACGUCACACUGAUUGCGGGAAAUAGACGCUUCCCAGCUCAUCGAUUGGUACUCAGUGCUGGAUCUGAAUAUUUUGCUGCCAUGUUCACGAGUUCUUUACGAGAGGCAGAGCAGGGUGAAAUAGAAUUAAUGAAUGUAGAUGGAGAUGCAUUGUGGGCUUUGGUUCUUUAUUGUUAUACAGGUUGCAUAGAAUUACAAGAAGAUAGUGUAGAAACUCUCCUUGCAACUGCAUGUCUGCUGCAAUUGAAUCCAGUUAUCAAAGCAUGUUGUCAGUUUCUUGUUAAGCAACUUCAUCCAAGCAAUUGUCUGGGCAUACGGAUGUUCGCAGAUACACAGGGCUGUACAGAACUGUUUGAGCAUGCACAUGCAUACACGACCAAACAUUUUAUGGAAGUUACAAGAAACCAAGAAUUUUUACUUUUAUCUGCCAAUGAAGUUGCAAAACUACUUGAAUCCGAGGAUCUUAAUGUUCCAUCAGAAGAAACUAUCUUCCACGCUCUUAUGAUCUGGCUGGAACAUGAUCCAGAAAAUAGGAGCAAAGACGCCAGCAAAUUACUAGGUCUAGUCAAAUUACCGUUACUAUCGCCCGCGUUUAUAGCUGACAAUAUCGAGAGCAACGAAAUGUUCAAGGACCAACGAAUGGCGCAGGAAUUAGUAAUGGAAGCACUGAAGUAUCAUUUGUUACCCGAACGAAGACCCUUGCUUCAAUCAGGAAGAACGAAACCAAGAAAAGCCACCGUGGGUACGUUGUUAGCUGUUGGAGGAAUGGAUGCCAAUAAAGGUGCCACAUCUAUAGAUGCAUUUUCAUUGCGUGACAACGCCUGGACAUCUUUUGCUGCCAUGAGCGGCAGAAGACUGCAGUUCGGCGCGGUAGUAGUCGAUAGGAAAUUAAUUGUCGCGGGUGGCAGAGAUGGUUUAAAGACACUGAAUACGGUGGAAUGCUUCGAUUUCUCCACUUUUCUAUGGAGCACCUUACCACCCAUGAAUGUUCAUCGUCAUGGAUUAGGAGUUGCGGUGUUAGGUGGACCCUUAUAUGCUGUUGGUGGACAUGAUGGUUGGAGUUUUCUUGAUACAGUAGAAAGAUGGGAUCCAGCGACACGUCAAUGGAGCUCGAUAUGUCCAAUGUCCAUACAAAGGUCUACAGUUGGCGUGGCUGUAUUAAAUGAUAAGUUGUACGCCGUAGGAGGAAGGGAUAUCAGUUCCUGUUUAAAUACUGUGGAAUGUUAUGAUCCUCACACUAACAAAUGGACACCGUGUGCACCUAUGUCGAAAAGGCGAGGCGGCGUAGGUGUAGGAGUGGUAAAUGGUUGCCUUUACGCGUUAGGUGGUCAUGAUGCUCCAGCCAGCAAUCCCAAUGCUAGUAGAUUCAAUUGCGUAGAAAGGUAUGACCCUAAAACCGAUACAUGGACUAUGGUCGCACCAAUGAGUGUGCCCCGGGAUGCAGUCGGUGUCUGUGUGCUAGGUGACAGACUCAUGGCUGUGGGAGGAUACAAUGGUCAACAAUAUUUAAUGUUGGUGGAAGCUUAUGAUCCACAUCUUAACGAAUGGGAACCUGUUGCUCCUCUUAAAGCUGGCCGUGCAGGACCAUGUGUCGUCGUGAAAAAUUUAGCUAAUAGCACUUAGACUAUUUCUUAUUAAAUAAUCACUAAACGGGCUUCGUUAUAUCAUUUGUGUAUUUCAAGACGUAACACUGUCUGUUGUCUCUCUUUUUCUCGUUAUUGUGAUAUCGUACGUAUAUUAAAUUAAUUUUAGUGUUACUAUCUUUGUAAAGCAAUGUUAAGUUAAACACUUUAUCCAUAACAAAUAUUAAAUUUCUUUCUAGCAUAGUAA